AUGGAGAUAAUCCAAGCGAGCUGCGGAUGCAGAGAUUACCUUCAACCUCGCCUGAAUUCUCGAAUUUUCUAUUCCAACUCUCGAAUUUACUCUGUUAAUUAUCACUCCCGAUUUCACCCAAGAUCAAUUUUUUCUCGCAAUGAAUUCGUCUUGUCUGCUGCCACUCCUGAUUCAGUGGCGACGGAGGUUGCUCAAGUUGAUAUUUCCUUAGCUAUUAAAAAGAGAGCAGCGGAGUUAUCCCCUAAUUUAAAGGGAACUUCUAUAUUUCUUGUUGGGAUAAACAGCUCCUUCAAAACGAACUUGGGGAAAAUUCUUGCCGAUACAUUACGAUAUUACUACUUCAACAGCGAUAGUCUGGUUGAGGAAGCUGCCGGAGGAAAAACUGCAGCAAUAUCAUACAUAGAGAGAGAUGAAGAGGGAUUUCUUGCCUCAGAGACUGAGGUACUGAAGCAGUUGUCGUCCAUGGGUCGCCUGGUUGUGUGUGCUGGGAAUGGAGCAGUUAAAGAUGCUACCAAUCUGGCACUUUUGAGGCACGGGAUUACUAUAUGGAUCGAUGUUCCUUUAGACUUGGUGGCCAGAGAUAUUGUGGAAGAUAGAAUUCAACUUUCUGCUACUGAUAUGUUGAUAUCUGGAUCUUCUCCUGAGGUUUUGGCUCAACUCAAUACACUGUAUGAAUGUCGGCGAAGUGGAUAUGCUACAGCUGAUGCAACCAUUUCAAUCCAAAAAGUAGCUUCGGAAUUAGGUUACAGUGAAUUGGAUGCUGUGGGUGCAGAAGAUCUGUGCUUGGAGGCACUCAAAGAGAUUGAAAAAUUGAUGAGAGCAAAGAAGAUGAUGGAAGAGGCUGCCAAACCAUUUUAA